AUGGGUCACCUGAUUUCCAAUCAACCCUCCGCAUCUCCCCCACCCGCCAUUUCAGUUUCAAAAAUAGCUGCGUUUCUGUCAAAUCCAGCAGUUCAAACAGCUCUUUCAGCCGUCUUUGAUAAUAAUAUAAAUCAAAGCAAAGUAAAAGGAGAUUUUAGCAUCAUCGAAGAAGGAGAAAUUAUAGCUGAGGAGUCGGGUUGUAUUAAGACACCAUCUGCAAAAUUAUCCUCGCCUCCCAUUUCCGAGAUUCCUUAUGAUUCCAUCAUUGGAAUGUCAGAUCCUAAUCCCUGUCCGACGGCAGCUCUCAACAACUCAAGCGGGGCUUUGGUUCGCUUUGGCUCUAUUCCGGUGGAUAUCCGAUCGGAAAAAAUCCUCUCGCAGGUCAAAGACCUCAAUUCGCUGCUGUCCAACUCGUGUUUAGUCGGUGGAAAUCAGUCAUCUAACCUCCAGCUCAAAAGUGAAAACCCUCAGCUCCCUGGCCACGUGCGUGGGUCCGAAAUUCAAAGUGAUGAUGGGCAUACAGCUGGAUUUGGAAUAGUUGUCGGCCACAAAGAUGCUCACUCAACCCAACUAUUAAAUGAGCCUAUAAUAAUGGUUGAAGAACUGCGUGGACCCGAGACCAACAUUAAUUCUGGGCCCAAUUCACCGAAUUGCAACCCUCAAUAUUUGGGCCUCCCCAGUUUUAAUCAGCCCACCUCCAACCCAGCCAAACCAACUCCCAACCUUUGCUCUCAGCCCAGCACCCAAAAUAUCCUUCAGAAUAAAAAUUAUCCUAACCUCACGGGACUGCAAACAACAAAAUCCCUCACUAUAAUUCCAGCUGAAACCGAGAGGAACAGAUUUUCUGGGCACAUACCGAGUUCGGUCGGCGAAUUGACUCAGCUGACCCGGCUGCAGCUCGGCGGCAACUGCUUCGCCGACACCAUCCCCACCAGCAUCCGGCGGCUGAGGAACCUGACCCAACUGCAUUUGGACCGGAACCAGCUGUCCGGCUCAAUUCCUGACGUGUUCUCGGAACUCACGAGCCUCAUAAGCAUGCGCCUCUCGGGCAACACGCUCACCGGGACGAUUCCACUGAGCAUUUUAGCAACCGCCCCCAACAUUCGCUAUCUUGAGCUGGGAGGUAAUUCCCUGAACGGCCCGAUCCCUGAUUUUCUUGGAAAAUUUCGGGCCCUCGACACGCUGGACCUCUCCCGGAACAAAUUCUCCGGAACUGUGCCAAAGACUUUCGCAAACCUGACCAAAAUUUUCAAUCUUGACAUGUCGCGCAACAAUUUAGUCGACCCUUUUCCGAAAUUGCACGUCAGAGGUAUCGAGUCCCUCGAUUUAUCUUACAAUAAUUUCCACCUAGGCAAAAUCCCGGAGUGGAUCACAUAUUCGCCCAUCAUUUACUCUUUGAAACUGGCAAAAUGCGGGAUCAAGAUAAAACUCGAUGACUGGAAUCCGGCCGAGACUUACUUUUACGACUACAUUGACUUGUCCGAGAAUGAGAUCACUGGAAGCCCGGCGAAGCUUCUGAACAGAACAGAUUAUCUCGUGGGGUUUUACGCUUCUAACAACAAACUGAAAUUUACCUUAGAGAAUACCAAUUUUGCUAGGACGUUGAGGUUUCUUGAUAUGUCGAGGAAUUCGUUGUUUGGGAAGGUGCCUAAGGCAGUGACAAUACUUUCAAAGUUGAAUGUGAGUUAUAAUCACUUGUGUGGUCAGCUGCUGGCAACAAAGUUUCUGCCUAGUUCUUUCGCCGGAAAUGAUUGCUUGUGUGGGUCAUCGUUGCCGAAAUGCAAAGCUUGA